CACCGCAUAGUGCACAUCUCUAACUGUUGUAUCAAUAAUACAAAAAAAUACAAAAUCCGGAAUUAAUGAAAUGAAUCGCUUCGCUUAUGUGGAGGCUCGACUGAGUUCCAACGAAACAUUCGUCAGCCGCGACAGUAGAGUGAAAAUCUUCGAUGGAGACCAGAAAACAGACUUUGAGGAGGGCGAGGUGGUGCUGACCACACACAGACUGUUUUGGGGCCGUCCUGGAGAAAUUGCUAGAGCCGCCGUUACCCUCUGUCUGCCACUCAGCUAUGUGAUAUCUCUCGGGGAGGAAACGACUGCAUCGAACUUCUUUGGCCGCAAGACGCGCAUUAUAAUGCACUUGCGUCCGCCAGGCCCUGACAAGAUGCCUGGCCCCCUGGACACCAGUCGUGCAACGCACAUCAAACUGUCUGGAAAAAACGGCCUAAGCGUGGAGUUCCACAGCGCGCUGCGUGAGACACUGAAUGCCCGCAUCUGGGAGAUCUCCCUGACCAGCGAAACCAUCAUAAGGGGAGUGGACAGCAGUCCGACGUCUGAAUCGGGCAACGAUAGAUUGGCUCGCAUUCAGAAACGUACAGGCAUCGGGGGCAUUGAGCGGCACCUCGAGGCGAAAGCAAAGGCCACAGAUGAAAACAUUGCACUAGCCUUUCAGGAUCUCAGUGUGCUUAUGACCAUGGCCAAGGACAUGGUAGGACUGUCCAAGACAAUCAGCGGCAGAAUACGCGAGCAAAAAGGCGAAAUAUCCGACGAUGAGACGGUGCGUUUCAAAUCUUACCUCAUGAGUCUGGGAAUCGACGAUCCUGUGACGCGUGACAACUUCACCAGCAAUUCGGCGUACUUUUCCAGCUUAGCACAACAAAUUUGCCAGAUGCUGAUUGAUCCCAUUGAAGAGCUCGGUGGUAUGAUGUCCCUGGCAGAUGUCUAUUGCCGCGUGAACAGGGCUCGCGGCCUGGAACUGCUUUCGCCAGAGGAUCUGCUGCACGCCUGCGAACAGUUGAGGGGACCCAUCCGUCUGCGCAGCUUUCCCAGCGGCGCCAGGGUGCUGCAGCUGGAGUCGCACGACGAUGACUUGAUUGCCAUUGACACCCUGGAGAAGGUGCAGGCAGCCGAAUCUCUGGCCGUGGAGGAGCUGGCCAAGCAGCUGGGCAUCUCUCUGCUGCUGCCAAGGAGCGACUGCUGGUAACCGAGCGCCUGGGCAAGGUGUGUCGGGACGAGUCUGUGGAAGGGCUCCGCUUCUAUCCAAAUCUUCUGCUGCAACGAGACUAAACGAUCUGUGAAUCCCUAACUAUGCGUGUUACUAGAUAUUCUAAAUAA